UGUGACCAUCAUGAUAGCCAUCACGUUGCAUAGCCCUGCGAAGUUUUGCGGCUGCGCGACUGCGCUUUCUGUAACAGAACUAUUCAAAUAACAUCCGCAACGCAAGCUUGAUCUCCAACAACCAUCAAGACCACCCUUAAACAACAAAUAAUUUACUAUGGAAGACGAAGUAGCAGCCCUCGUUAUUGAUAAUGGUUCCGGCAUGUGCAAAGCUGGCUUCGCUGGUGACGAUGCUCCUCGUGCCGUCUUUCCCUCUAUCGUUGGUCGUCCGCGCCACCAGGGUGUUAUGGUUGGCAUGGGACAGAAAGACUCUUACGUCGGUGAUGAGGCUCAAUCCAAGCGUGGUAUCUUAACGCUCAAGUACCCCAUCGAGCACGGUAUCGUCACGAACUGGGAUGACAUGGAGAAGAUCUGGCAUCACACUUUCUACAACGAGCUUCGUGUAGCCCCGGAGGAGCACCCUGUCUUGCUAACCGAGGCUCCCCUCAACCCUAAAGCUAAUCGUGAAAAAAUGACCCAAAUCAUGUUCGAGACAUUCAAUGCACCUGCAUUCUAUGUCUCAAUUCAGGCUGUCUUGUCACUGUACGCUUCCGGUCGUACCACCGGUAUUGUCAUGGACUCUGGUGAUGGUGUCACCCACACUGUGCCUAUUUACGAAGGGUUCUCUCUCCCACACGCCAUUCUCCGUCUCGAUCUUGCUGGUCGUGAUCUCACUGACUGUCUCAUCAAGAACCUAACCGAGCGUGGUUACUCUUUCACGACGACCGCCGAACGUGAAAUUGUCCGCGAUAUCAAGGAGAAGCUGUGCUACGUCGCCCUUGACUUUGAGCAGGAGAUGCAAACUGCCGCACAGUCAUCAGCCCUCGAGAAAAGCUACGAACUUCCUGAUGGGCACGUCAUCACGAUCGGUAACGAGCGAUUCCGUGCACCCGAAGCUCUAUUCCAGCCUUCGUUCCUUGGUCUGGAAGCUGCGGGUAUCCAUGAAACGACGUACAACUCGAUCUUCAAGUGCGAUCUUGAUGUCCGUCGUGACCUGUAUGGUAACGUCGUUUUGUCGGGUGGUACCACCAUGUUCCCUGGCAUCGCAGAUCGUAUGCAGAAGGAAUUGACCUCGCUCUCGCCGUCAAGCAUGAAGGUCAAGAUCGUCGCUCCCCCUGAGCGGAAAUACUCUGUCUGGAUCGGUGGUUCCAUCUUGGCUUCCCUGUCCACUUUCCAGAAUCUGUGGUGUUCAAAGCAGGAGUACGACGAGUCCGGUCCUGGUAUCGUCCAUCGCAAGUGCUUCUAAACGUGAUCAAAGAGGCAGUGAAAAGGAAUCAUGUCUCCGCUGUACUAGAAUGGCAUUGCUUUUGAUAUUUUACGACUAGAGACGCACUCACAUAAGUUAAACCUGAAUGUCACAGUUUACUUUUACUCUUUUCAAUAGUUUUACGACACAUUUUCUUGAAUGUCUACGCAUUGUCACCAGGCUCACCUAUGUAGCGCGGACAACAGUAACAUAACUCAUUACGUAACAGGUACUCAGGCCCAGGCCCAGGCCCACCAUCAUUUGAAGCUUUGCAAGCGAGUCUCCGCAAUAUCCGCCAGGAUGACCUCCUUGUUCCUUUGACACACCACCUGUUAAAGCAGCCCUGCGGAUGAAACCACUACAACUUCUCACGACUCAUAAGCCUCUUUACCUGAGCAACGUCGCCGAUCAUUGACAAUUCUGUCGUUCUCCCUUGUUGGUCCUAGCUGGUGGUCAGACUUACCCUAUUGUAAAAAGACUGGAGGAAUCAGUG